AGAGAAGAAGAAGAAGCGGCGCGUCACUUCCGGGUUUCGCAUCUGACGUGUCUAAAACAGUUUUGCUCUGGUGGCGGAUUUCGACCCGUGGGGGAUUUCACAUCGCUUUGAUUUACAUUUGAUACGCGGUGUCAAGAUGCUAGACUUCUUCACCAUCUUCAGCAAAGGGGGGAUAGUGCUGUGGUGUUUCCAGGGAGCCGGGGUCACGGAAUCCUUCACCGGGCCUGUCAACGCUUUGAUCCGCUCCGUAAUCCUCCAGGAGCGCACCGGGAACAAUUCCUACAACCACGAGGGCCUCAGUCUGAAAUACAAACUCGACAAUGAGUUCGAGUUGAUUUUUGUGGUGGGCUUUCAAAAGAUCCUGACGCUGACGUACGUGGACAAAUUCAUAGAUGACAUCCAGCUCCAUUUUCGGGAUCGUUAUAAGAAUGAGCUGGAGCAAAAGGGGGCCCUGAGGCUAAUCAACAGCAGCUUUCAGUUUGAGGAUGACUUCCGGGUGCUUCUCAGAGAGGCGGAGGAGAGCAGCAGAGCUCGGGGCCCCGACCGCAUGCGAAGCUUUAAGGAGUCCGAGAAAUCCCAAAAAACUGUGAAGUCUAUGAUCGAGACCAAGGGAGGGGAAAAGGUCAAGGAACCGGGUGGCAAGAAGAAUAAAAAUACCAAAAAGGAGGCUCCUGCAGCUGUGCCUGUCGUAGUGGAUCAAGUGAAGGCGCCGUCCGCCGGGCACAAGGCGGUUGAGAAUGGUAACCAGGGCUACACUGCUGAGGAGAUCAUACAGAAGAACCGCGAGGAAUUCAUUCGCAGGCGCACGGUGGCUCCCCCUGAGAAAGCCACUAAGUCCCCAAAACCGCAGAAGCCCAAAGAGAAGCAGAUGCGCGUUUGGGACAUGGGCGGCAGCAGCACCAAGGCGCUGGACUACAGCGGAAGCAACGGAGAUAACUCCGAGAAUGGUGGCAAACAGAACCAGGAUGCACAAAUUGACCUGGGAAUGCAGCUGAGCUCCAUGAAGGGUGAGCUGCCGUCUGUGGACUACGAGUCCAGUGAGGAAGAGGAGGAGGAGGAGGAGGCGGAGGAAGAGGAGAGGGUGGUUGACAAUAAAACAAUCAAGAAAAUCUCCAACUCCAAGAGUGGCGGUUUUGGGGGCAUGUUUGGGAUGCUGAAGGGCCUGGUGGGCUCCAAGAGCCUGAGCCGAGAGGACAUGGAGUCGGUACUGGAGAAGAUGAAGGACCACCUCAUCGCGAAGAAUGUAGCAGCCGACAUCGCCUACCAGCUCUGUGACUCAGUAGCCAAAAAACUGGAGGGCAAAGUCAUGGGCACAUUCACCACUGUGGCCUCGACAGUAAAGCUGGCCCUGCAGGACUCGUUGGUGCAGAUCCUGCAGCCCAAGCGAAGGGUGGACAUCCUGAGGGACGUCAUGGAGGCGCAGAACCAGCGGCGGCCUUUCGUCGUUACUUUCUGCGGCGUCAAUGGGGUCGGAAAGUCCACCAACCUGGCCAAGAUCUCCUUCUGGCUGAUAGAGAACGGCUUCACGGUGCUGAUCGCGGCCUGCGACACGUUCCGCGCCGGCGCCGUGGAGCAGCUCCGCACUCACCAGCGCCGCCUGAACUCCCUGCACCCCCCCGAGCAGCACGGGGGGCGCCCGAUGGUCCAGCUCUAUGAGAAGGGCUACGGCAAGGAUGCCGCCGGGAUCGCCAUGGAGGCCAUCGCCUACGCCCGCAACCAGGCCUUCGACGUGGUGCUGGUGGACACGGCCGGGCGCAUGCAGGACAACGCGCCGCUCAUGACCGCCCUGGCCAAGCUCAUCGCGGUCAACAUGCCCGACCUCGUGCUGUUUGUCGGAGAGGCUCUGGUGGGCAACGAGGCGGUCGACCAGCUGGUCAAGUUCAACCAGGCUCUGGCCGACAACUCCAUGACAGAAAAGCCUCGGCUCAUCGACGGAAUCGUGCUCACCAAGUUUGACACCAUCGACGACAAGGUCGGCGCUGCCAUCUCCAUGACUUACAUCACCGGACAGCCCAUCGUGUUUGUGGGCACGGGGCAGACCUACAACGACCUGCGUAGCCUCAACGCCCGCGCCGUGGUCAGCGCCCUGAUGAAGGCCUGAAAAAAAACUCUCCUGCCGUGAGAUGUUCCAGCCCCGCCCACCUGCCUUCUCCCUCGUCCUCUCCCGCCGACUUUAUUCCCCACCGUAAAGGACUAGCGUGUACUUUGAAUGAUGAAAAGUUAAUUUCUCGACCUCACAUCAGUCGCAUCCAGAUGUGCAUUUCAGCUGACUAAGUGGACGUAGGCUGUACAUCUCAUCACGUCACUGGUGCAGUACAGUAAAGACUUGGAAAAAGAAAUCCGCCUCCCUACCUGGCAUUCUGUCAGUUUCCUCUCCGUGUCAGUGAGGUCAGGUGGUGAAGGUUUGCCCGAUGGGACCCGGGGGUAGCUUAGUGACCGUAGUGCCUAUUUGUCUCCAGUAGUCACCAACACGAGGAGUCCGAAUCUGUUUACCUCUACUAACACAACGCUAACUCCGGUUUGACCUACAAACCUUCUCUCCCAGAGCUCCUCGCCUACCUAACACAACUCAUAAAAAAAUGCAGACUGAUUCUUCAGUUUUUAGUUGAGGAGAAACGGGAGACAUUAUGUAAAUCUUUUUAGUUUCAGACUGCACGGCCCAUGUGGUUUGUUGAGGUUCUGUGGGCCUUUUUAUUUAUGCUUACCCCUGUAAUUCACUCUUCAUUUGUAAGAGGAACUAGGAAGUCUUAAAUGUCUCCUGCCCCCCCUUUCAUUUGUGGUAGCGCAAUAUGAAAGAAUCAAGAGUUAAAACGGGAGAAUUGAGCUAAUUUAUGAGAAUGUAAACCUUUCUAAAUAAAGCUGCAACAGCC